CUCUCCCGAGCCAUAGAAUGUUGGCAACGUUGUCGCCAUUUUGUAAUGGUGUUUGAUACGCGAAGAUGCCGUGUGCCUCGAUGAUUUUUGUGAACUGAGAAUACAAGUGUCACGUCCUCCCUGUACCUGAGAAAAUGACGCAGUUUCUGCCGCCGAACUUGUUGGCUCUGUUUGCGCCGCGGGAUCCUAUACCGUAUUUACCACCCGUUAACAAGCUCCCGCACGAAAAGAAGAAUGGAGGCUAUAUCGGCGUUGGAUCGUUUCUUAAAUAUUUUGAGGAUCCUAAAGAUACACCACCACCGGUACGCGUGGAAACCAGGGAAGAACGUCUCGAGCGUAGAAGAAGGGAACGCGCAGAGCAAGUGGCAUACAAACUAGAACAGGAAAUCGCAGUAUGGGAUCCUGCUGGUAUUCCAAAUGUGACCGCUGACCCUUUCAAAACGCUUUUUGUAGCCCGAAUAAACUAUGACACAUCUGAAUCCAAACUUAGAAGGGAAUUUGAAGUAUAUGGUCCCGUAAAAAAGAUAGUGGUAAUUCACAAUACGAUAAAUGGCAAGCCUAGAGGAUACGCUUUCAUUGAGUAUGAGCACGAAAGAGAUAUGCACUCGUGGCGGCCGCUGCCGGCAACUAGUGCCGUUCACUAUUCCAUGCAAUCCCUGAACCUGCCUGAUAUGAUAGCUGCGUAUAAGCAUGCGGAUGGUAAGAAAAUAGAUGGUCGCAGAGUGUUGGUCGACGUGGAGCGAGCCAGGACCGUGAAAGGAUGGCUCCCGCGAAGGCUCGGCGGUGGCCUCGGCGGGACGAGAAGAGGUGGUCCUGACGUGAACAUUAAACACUCCGGUCGGGAGGAUAACGAAAGGGAACGAGAACGUUACCGUUUGGAACGGGAGAGGGAGAACUCCGGACGCCUCGACAGAGACAGAGACCGCGAUCGCUUGGACAGAGAACGCAGAAGGUCGCGCGAUCGCAAAAGACGAUCGAGAAGCAGAUCGCGCGACCGAAAGCGCAGGCGAAGCCGUGAUCGCAUACCCGAUCCGGACAUCGAAGAGAUACAAAGGGACGAACGACCUCGCGACAGGAGGGACCGAGAUCGUGAUCGCGACCGCGACAGGGAUCGUAAAAGGAGGCGUUCCAGAAGCAACGAACGCGAUCGCGACAGGGACCGCAAGAGAGAUAAACGCGAUCGCGAUCGCGAACGUAGAGAUCGAAAAGAUCGAGGCGAUCGUCAGGACGAAGAUACGAAAGAGAUCCGAAUUAAAGAAGAGCCUCUCGAUGACUAUCCUGACUAUAGCAACACUUUCCAAACGUCUGGAUCGUACUUCACGGCUGUCAAAUACGAAGACGACAACGAGCAAGAAGUGGAAGAGAAAUAUAGAAUUCCAGAAGGUCGUCCGGAUCCCCCUCCCUACAAUAAUUACGAUUCUGUACAAGAUUAUUGAUCUCGAUAAUAUUUUGCGUAACGUUUUUAUUUUUCGUUACCGUGCACGGUGAAUUUAACGCAAUCGUCAAUAACGUAUUGUAUUUCAUAUUGUUAUUAGUAUAAUGGCGAGUCGACGUUAUCGAGUAUCUAGCUGUCGGGGAAUUCACCGCAGCUGGGUACUCGAUAAGGAUAUUGCAAGGUAUGCAGGUACGGACGGCUGAUUUAUAUACAGUUAUUCUGACCUGAUUAAAUUCCAAAUUUUGUAUAUUUAUGGUUGGUACGAAGGUAAUGCCCGUGAAAGUGAAUUUAGACGCUCCUAUUAAUAUUAAAAAUACGUUUGUGAAUAUUUGAGUUGUAUCGUAGCAAUGUACGCGGAACCUCGCAAUAUGGAAUUGAAUGGUCCGUAAGCACGUUCCCUAUUGUGUACAUAAAUGUAUGCAAACGUAUUACAUGAAUUUGACUCUUUCAUGAUUGCUGAAUGUAUAUUUAUAUAUACGAAUAAAAUAAACUACACAAUGAAUUUGUUAGCUA